GGGGCGGGGCUACGAGUGGGGGCGCAGCGUCAGGUGUAGAGUACUGGCGGUGGCGCUCCAAAACAUGCCUCGUUAUGCCCAGUUAGUGAUGGGUCCGGCCGGCAGUGGGAAGAGUACCUACUGUUCCACUAUCCAGCAACACUGUGAAGUGAUCCAGCGCUCUGUACAGGUGGUGAAUCUUGACCCCGCGGCAGAAUACUUUAAAUAUCCCGUCUUGGCAGAUAUCCGGGAGUUAAUCCAAGUGGAGGACGUGAUGGAGGACAAGUCACUGGGGUUUGGCCCGAACGGAGGGCUCGUGUUCUGUAUGGAAUACUUCGCCAACAACCUGGACUGGCUGGGUGAGAGCCUGGGGCACGUGGAGGAUGACUAUGUGCUGUUCGACUGCCCAGGUCAGAUCGAGCUGUACACUCACCUGCCGGUGAUGAGACAGCUAGUGGAGCAGUUGCAGCAGUGGGAAUUUCACGUUUGUGGAGUGUUUCUUGUGGACUCGCAGUUCAUGGUCGAAUCCUUUAAGUUUAUCUCCGGGGCGAUGGCGGCUCUAAGUGCCAUGGUUUCCCUGGAAAUCCCGCAGGUCAAUGUGAUGACGAAGAUGGACUUACUGAGCAAGAAAGCCAAGCGAGAAAUCGAGAAGUACCUCGAUCCCGAUAUGUACUCACUGAUGCACGACUCAAAAGACUCGUGGAGGAGCAAGAAGUUCAGGAAGCUAACCAAGGCAAUCUGUGGCCUGAUUGACGACUACAGCAUGGUGCGUUUCCUGCCCUUCGAUCAAUCGGAUGAGGAGUCCGUCAACAUUGUCCUGCAGCACAUCGACUUCUCCAUCCAGUACGGAGAGGACUUCGAGGUCAGGGAACCGAGGGAAAAGGAAGAGGACCUUGAAACCUCCACUCAGAGAGAUGAAUUUUUCGAAGCUGCUGCCACAGUUGAAUGAAGCUUGAACAGAGGCCAGUGUUCAGACAGUGGCACUUUUUGGUGCAUUGAAAGAACCUUCCACUAGGAUCCAAAAGGAUCAGACCUCCCCACGUCUCAAGUGAGAAGGUGAUUGAGAACUCGCAGAUCCCAUGAGCUCCCAAUUCCCAUUCCUGCUGAACUCAAAAGGUAAUUUAUCACAGAGAAGGUACCUCGCACGCUAGAUAUAUAUCUAUUUUGUUCCACGUCAUUACACAUGAUGUGUAGAUAGGUAAACAGAGGCGUAUUCUAUUUAUCAUUGGAAAAACACAAACCUUUGUUGACAUACAGAAUUAAAACCUUUGUGUUAAUUAUGAAAGAAAUUUAAAGCAAACUUUUGCUGUCGGUAAGUGACCGACCUUGUAAAAGAUUUUAUUAUUCAUUGGCUGUGCAGUGAGUGAGUGAUUCACGCACCCUCCUUUGUUUCCCAAAAGAAAGUUUGAAUAAAAAGUUUACUACUAUAACUCUUUAUUUCCAAAAGUCCACAAAAUAAGAACAUGCCUGAAACUAUCAUUUCUUACCCUGGAUUUUAUUUAAAAUUCUUGAAAUGACUGUACAGUAUUAUUUUAGAUAUUGUUUGCCUAAUAAAACGUGACUAUAGUCCUGGA